CUUCAGGCCUUAACCCACAGCCAUUGUUAUAAUUGCUGCCAUUAUGACCAUAAUCAUUAACACUUGCUUCUAAAGGCCUUUAUCAUCCACUAUAAAUAUAAAAGAUGAACUUACACAUUGUAGCCAUCUCUCCAUUGCCAAGAUGUUCAAGAGAGGUUCUGUUGCUGUAUCUAUGUUCUCCAAUUCCACGGUGUUGGUGGGGUGGUGCCGUCCACGGCGGCGGCUACAGAGGAGGAGAGUCAGCAUAAUAAGGCUAGGAAAUAAGCGGCGAGGAUUUUGCUUAGGGUCAAGGUCGGUGGUUCAAUGGAGAGUUAUGAUUGCUCCUCUUCGAAUGCUAAAGAAGAUUAUAAUGAAAAUUGUACUUAAUGGUCAAUUCUUAGAGACUUCUUGUUGGUCUUUGCCGUUGUUACGUCCUCAGAUAUUUCCUCUCUGUUGAUUUCUUGGGUGUUUUUUUUUCCUUUUAUUAUUUUUCUUUACUGCUUAAUUGUAAAACAAGGACAUAAAACCCUUAUAAAUUUGAAGGGCAAACUGCUGAUUUGCAAAAAUAAAUCA